AUGGGACGCAGCAUGGCGCGUGAGGGUCUCGUGCCCAAGUACCCCAUCGUCCUCCUUCCCGGUCUGGCGUCGUCGAGUUUGCAGGUGGAAGAGGGCAAUCCCGAGUGGGUGGGCGAGUGGAUCUGGCUGUCCCUCGCCAAGAUCGGCUCCCAGAAGUUCAAAACCCUCUUCUCCUCGCCCACCGUCAGUAAGCGGAUUGAUCCAGAUGCGUCGGACGAGGGCUCUGCCGACGCCCAGUUUCGAAACGAGUGGGUGAGGCACGUGUGUCUGCAGCAGGACGGCUGCAGCGAUCCACCGGGAAUUCGCGUGCGCCCUGUACCCGGCAAGGACGGUUGCGCGUACCUCAGCCCCGGCGCCCUCACCAACAAUCUCUCCUAUGUGAUGGGUCCGCUGAUCGAGAAUCUGCACGAGUUCGGCUACACCGACUCCGAUCUCGUUGCUGUGCCUUAUGACUGGCGCUUGCCGCCGCACAUGCUGGAGGAGCGCGACGGAUUCUUCACGCAGCUCCGGACGAUCAUCGAGAAGACCGCCGAGCGAUGCCAGUCGCCAGUUGUCAUUGUGGCCCACUCCAUGGGCAACCGGGUGCUGCAGUACUUCCUGCACCGGCUUGUCGUGACCGAGGGCGACCUCGGCCGGCAGUGGAUCGACCGGCACGUCCACUCCUACGUCGCCGUCGGCGCGCCAUUCCUCGGCGCGCCCAAGAUCGUGCGCAGCCUGGCCACGGGCGAGCGGAUGGGCAUGGAGGCGCUUCUGCGUCAGGAGGAGGGCGUCGCAUUCAUCAGGUCGCUGGGGAGCACGGGUAUGAUCAUGCCGAUGGCCCAGCCGCGCUACUUCGAAGUGCCGCGUGAGUUCGUCCAUCUGCGGGGCGAGCGGAGCGAGGCCCACCUGCCGAUCACCAUCACCCAGACACUGGCCCUUGCCGGCGCCUCGAAACAAGUGGAGAAUCUGGAGGCGUACUACCGUCGAAACAGCGUGUGGGGCCGCAUGCCGGAUGCUCCGCCGGUCAAGCGGCUCUUUGCCAUCUACGGCGUCAACUUGGACACGGAGAUGUUCUACUUCUACCGACGAGACCGGAAGGGCGAACUGGUGUUCGACCGGGAUGUCAAGGACACGGCCGACUUCCAGGGCUACACCAUGCGCGAGGGGAUCGGGUACGAAACGAAGGACACGGUGCAGGGCACUUUGAGGAGCUCGACCGGAUUGCACGGCCACCGUUCUGGCGACGGUACGGUGCCGUACGUAUCGCUCAACUACUGCACGGAAUGGCGCCAGGACCUCGAAUUGCGGAUCGAAGAGCUCGAAGGCGUAGAACAUCGAGAGAUUCUCAACAACCGACUCUUCUUUCGUCUGUUGAUCGAGCACGUGUCGGAGCCCCUCACACUCAGGCAGCGCCGUGAACGGGAGACAGUGGUGCUUGGGUGCAUAGACGACGAGCGCGACGACACCGACGUCGACGCCUGA